ACUGUCCCUACUUGCAGUAGGCUACUGGGGCUGUCUUAGCCUGCUGAUAUAAGAGCUGAUCUCACGGUUAGAGAGAAAGAGUGGCCAUUUACAGACCUUUAUCCACAAUCAACCUAAGCAAUGGGGCUGUCUAGAAAGAUGAUGUCAUUUAGCAUGUUUUGCCUUGUGGGACUACUCAGAGGCACCAUCGAGGGACUGGCUGAAGUUCAGAAUGUUGCUCUUCGUGGAAAAGCAACACAGUCGGAGCUAAUUGGUGACCCGUAUAGAGGAUUAGGACAUCCCUCGAAUGCCAUCGAUGGUAACCGAAAUGAUAACGCGUACCACGGCUCCUGCACACACACCGCUCAUCAUCCCAACCCGUGGUGGAGAGUUGAUCUACUGAAGAAAUUUAGAGUGGACUCUGUGAUCAUCACCAACAGAGGAGACUGCUGCUCAGAGAGACUGAAUGGAGCUGUGCUUAGGAUUGGUAACUCCCUCCAAAACCAAGGAAACAGUAACCCAGUGUGUGCUGUGAUCUCCUCCAUCCCUGCUGGGGAAUCCAAGGCCUUCAAGUGUCAUGGGAUGGAGGGUCGCUGGGUUAAUGUGCUCAUUCCAGGGCGGUCAGAGUACCUUACAUUGUGUGAGGUGGAAGUGUAUGCAGAAAGCAGUGAUGAUGUGCAAUGUAUGGACUAACCACAUGAGCUUGUGCGCUCUAUGCUGCAUUGUAGGUCUACAUAUUAACAGAAAGUUUGAGUUGAGUUCAGGUGCUGUUGUCUUCUUCUCAUGUGGGUCCCACAAUCACAUAAACUGUGUGUGUUAAAUAAACCUUGGCAUUUUAAGCAUUGAA